UACAUAACGAACAAUUAACUGACAGUCGGACAUGCUCUGUUUACUCGCUAAACAAGACAGGUACCAACGAUCUGUUUAUCCAACCAGACCUAAUUUUCGAUCUACUAUUUAAACCUUCUCCUUCGGAAUGAACAGUUGAUUUCACGCGUCGUUUUAUUUCAUGUGUAAACAUUAAAGGCAGCUUUAUAGCCAAUAAACUUAAAGCCGAUCGAUGAUCGAAGGCAUUGUUAAACAGUCUAUCACCGGGAGCAGACCACGAAAAUAAUUUGCCGGAGACCAACACUACAGGUUAUCAUUGUUGGGUAACUAUAACCCAAAGGAGUUUUGUCCCCUGGAUCUGUGUAUGUUUCCUCAACAAGAUGGGACGUUUCGUGAUUCAAGGAGUUUUCAUGAUUUGCAUUAGCGUUCUGCUGAUAGCUACAGUCAUGGAAAAGUCACUUUAUGUAGUAGCUUCGGGCAUGGAGAACUACAAGGACCAUGAAUGCAAACGGAUCUGCGAGUAUCCGCCAAGCCCCAAGACCUGCAACUAUAAUUUCACUGUGGAGUGGUUCUACGCCAUGUCUAAAGCCUGCUACGGAUGUCCCUACAACCUGACUGACUGUGAAAGACCUCAUUGCAUCCCUCUGAACGGUGUGCCGCGGGCAGUCUCCGUCGUCAACCGCAUGUUUCCGGGUCCAAGCGUUGAGGUUUGCAAAGGAGACACAAUUUCUGUGUGGGUUUCAAACCACAUGCUAAACGGCGAAGGGACAUCCAUCCACUGGCAUGGUUUUCCCCAGAAAAAUUCGCCCUACAUGGACGGCGUCUCAAUGGUGACGCAGUGCCCUAUCACCGAAUUCACGAGCUUUAAAUACGAAUUUGUCGCAGAUCAUUCUGGGACGCACUGGUGGCACGCGCAUGCUGGCAUGCAUCGCGCGGAUGGUUUGUUUGGCGCCCUCAUCGUUCGAGAACCUCGAGAGGUUGACCAACAGAGCGCCCUCUUCGACUAUGACCUGUCAGAGCACGUGAUUAUCACGCAUGAUUGGCUCGAUCAAGUGACGCUGGACAAGUUUGCUGCGCAUCAUUUCGAUGACGGAUCCAACAGACCCGAGUCUGUGCUCAUCAAUGGAAAAGGAAAGCGAGCGCCGUUUUAUGAUGAAACGUCUAAUGAGACAGUGUAUACUGCAAGGGAAAUCUUUCACGUCAAACAGGGUUUUAGAUACCGCUUUCGGAUCGCCAGUAAUGCGAUCACCAAUGCCCCGUUGAAAGUCAGCGUAGAUGGUCACAAUUUAACUAUCAUUUCAAGCGAAGGAGGCGACAUCGAACCCGUUGAUGUCGACGCCUUUGUCAUCUAUGCAGGUGAACGGUUCGACUUUGUUGUCAAUGCUAACCAAACCACUGGUAACUACUGGUUACGAGUGAAGGGCCUUGCAGAUGCCAUUGCGGUUCAAGAAUUAGCCAUUUUAAGGUACGAAGGAGCCCUCAGCGCUGAUCCAAUGGAGAGUGAAUUGUUCGACAGAGAUGGAAACAUUCUGCAAGACCUCAACGUGGCAUCCUCAGACACAGUCUAUACUUAUGAUCAGAUGAUAUCGAAAGAUGCUUCGGAUAUACCUCAAGAAAAUAAGAAAACUUUCUACCUGGCUUUUGACUUUUACAAGGUCAAUAAUUACGCCUUCCAUGACCCCGAGUAUUACCCUAUCGAGGAGAUCGCUCGAUCGCACCAUCUCUACUCGCCUCAAAUGAAUCACGUGUCAUUCAAUUUUUUUUCGGCCCCGCCUCUUAGCCAGGAGGUAGAUCCUAGUGAGCUUUGUGACGCCAAUGACGUAUUAAAUAUGACGCACUGUGCCACAGAGUACUGCGCGUGCACACAGGUUUUAACUGUAGAACUCGGUGAGACGGUAGAAAUUGUUUUGAUCGACGAGGGCUUGACAUUCGAUGCGAGUCAUCCAUUUCAUCUUCAUGGUUAUUCCUUCUAUGUGGUAGGGCAAGAGAAGCUGAACAGUUCUACAAGCCUCCAAGAAGUCAUGGAACUUGAUAAACUGGGAGAAGGGCUUCCACGGAACCUGGACCAUCCUCCCCUCAAGGAUACGGUGAUCGUGCCUGAUGGAGGGUAUACCAUCAUCCAGUUUGUCGCUGAUAACCCAGGCUGGUGGUUCCUGCAUUGUCAUCUCGAGUUUCACGUUGCUAUCGGCAUGGGUAUGCUGAUCCACGUUGGUACCGAUGAAGACCUACCACCCGUUCCCGAGAAUUUCCCACGCUGUGGCAACUGGCCAUCAUCCUUUAAUCAGCCAAUACAACCCACUGAUGAUACAGAGCAACCAAUGCCGUGCACUGGGAGGGGUAACACCUUACACCCUAACAACUUCAUCACAAUCUUCAGUCUCUCACUGGCUAUUCUUUUUGUUCUGCUUCAUCCAUUCAAUAUCGGGAGCGGCAGGUCUGAGUGAAAAGCUUGAAUAAUGAUGAUGCUGCGGCUGAUUAUGAUAAUUUUACUAAUAUAAAUGAAAAUGAUGAUAAUAAUUAUGAU